UGGGCGUGGUGGCCCACGCGCCGGGCGCCGCCGCCGCCUCCGCCUCCGCCGCGGCCUCCGCCGUGCUGCACCUCGCGCCGCCGCCCGCCGCCCUGCAGCUGUUCGCCGCCGUCCUGGGCGGCUGCUUCGCCGUCGCCUGCGUCGUCCUGCUCGCCUCCUGCCUCUGCUGCAACUGGCGCCGGCGCACCCUCGAGGAGAGCUGCUCGCCUGCUGCGCUGCGCCGCCGCGUCCACCGCCCCCGGCUCCGCCGCCGCUCCGUCGGCCGCGCCUGCCUCCUGCGUGCCUUCCACG